AUGGAUUUUAGUCAUUUAGCUUUUGAAAUUCAAUGGGAACAAUGCUUUUCUCUGAUAGAUAAAUGGGAAACAACAAUGAUAGAUCGUAUAAAAACUAUUCAUCAAGAAAAAUCAUUGGAAAUUCAAACCUAUAAAAAACAAGCUGAAAAAACAUAUUUUCUUGAAAAAACAAAUUUUAUUUUAAAUAUGAAUGAAUAUUUUCAACAUUCACAUAUAUUAUCCAAUGAAAUAAAUAUAUUUAAAAAGAAAUUAAAUCAACUUAAACAAAAUAUUAUUCAACGUCCAUUACCAUUAAAUAUUGAUAUUGAAACAAAUUUAUUGAAUAAUCCGAUAACUAUACAUCAAAAUUUUGAUAAACAUACAUUUAAUCAAAGAAAAAUAGUUAUGGAAUAUAAAUUACAAAUCGAAUCAAUUUAUUUAAUAGCAACAUCAAAUAAUCAAAUAAUACUUGUUAAUAAUCAAUUAAAAAUUUAUUUAUAUGAUAAAUUAAUUGGUUUUAUUGAUGAAAUAAAUUUAUUAGAUUAUACAGAUGAAUAUCUAAAUGAUAUAUGUUGGUCAACAACAUAUAAAAAUUUUCUUCUUCUUUGUGAUCAUUCAUUAUGGUCAUUAGAAAAUUUAUAUUUAAAAAAACUUGCACAUAUAUCAAAUAAAAAACAUUUUGUAAAUAAUUUAACAUCAUUUCAUAAUUAUCUUUUUCUUAUUUAUAAUCAAGGUGAAUUUAUUGAUCGAUGGAUAAUACAACCGGAAUGGAAAUUAACUAAACGUUGGACAAAACAUUAUCAUCAAAAUGAUUAUCUUAUAUCGAUAAGUUCAAAUAAUGAUUAUUUACUUUUAUAUACAAAUAAAUUUAUUCAAUUAUGUUCAGAUGAUUUAAUAAUACAAUAUACAAUUGAUUUAACCGAUCAAGAACAUAUCUAUUCAAAUUUUAUUUUUUUAUCUUCAUAUCAAAUCUGGUUAACAAUUGAUAAACAAACUCAAUUAAUAAAUUAUUUUCAUAAAAAUACGAGAAUUAUUCAAUCACUUGAUCAGAUAUCUAUUAGACAUAUUAGUUCUAUGGGAGAUGAAUUAGCAUUGAUUACAAAUGAUAAUUGCUGUUUACAGAUUAUUUCGAUUUAA